AUGCCAGAAAUUCCUCUGCAGAGUCCUGCUGCUGCUAAAACAGCACAUUUGAUAUCACACAGAGGUCAUCCUCUCACCCAGCAUCAUCAGCAUCUUCUUGGAACUGUUCAAGGAAUUCUAAUACUGACAGGAUGGGGUACUUUGCUGCCCAUUGGCGUGAUCAUUGCAAGAUUCUGCAGAAAAAUCCCCAUCAAAUGCAAUGAAUGGUAUUCAAGUCACAUAGCGUGCCAGCUUCUGGGAUACAUUCUGGGAACCAUUGGCUGGUCUAUUGGCAUAUGGCUCGGAACUUCUUCCCAACAAUAUGCAUCUGCAUCUCAACGCACUCUCAGUAUCGUUGCUUUUACUUUCAUAAACGUACAAAUGCUCUCGAUUUGUAUGCGGCCAAAGAAAGAUCAGGGUUACUGCACGAGCUGGAACAUAUGCCACCAUGUUGUGGGAUAUGUGAUAGUUGUGAUGGUUAUAGCAAACAUAUUUGGAGGUAUUAACAGUCGGAGAGAUGAAGCUGAGAAGUUGAAGUGGGCUUAUUUGGGGAUACUUUGUGUUUUGGCUCUCAUAGUUGCAGCAUUGGAAGUCUUCAGAUGCUUCAAGUUAAAAAUGUUGUCACAAUCUGUGGAAUCAGCCGCCAAUAUGUACAGCAGUUCACCAGAAAUCAAAUGA